AUGUUUGCAGGAACCACUUAUCAUCGAAUUUUGAAGAGGCGGGCUGCACGACAAAAACUGGAAGCGGAAGGCCGUUUGCCUAAGAAGAGACAGAAAUAUCUACACGAGUCUCGACAUCAGCAUGCAUUGGCUCGCAUUCGCGGGGAAGGUGGCAAGUUUGAUAAAGAUUUGCUGGCUAAGCUACUGUGUUUCCCUGGAACGCCGAGGUUAGCCAGACCAAAGUCUGCCCAAUUCGUCACGACCACAGACAGUCGCCGCCCUUGUGGAUCAGAGGGAGAUUUUCCACCAUGUGACGUUUGA